AUGAUCUUCGCAACUUGGUGGUGGCCCAAGUACUAUUACAUUUACCUUCCCUUCAUUUCUUUCCCCCUAGCCCUCAAUUGCAUCAUGGUCAUCAACAUUGUCAUAUUCCAGACGAAGAACCAAAUUAUCAAGCCGAAGAAGGAUGUGCCCGGAACGCCAGAGGAGAUGGUACUGCUGAUGCCAUGCUACAACGAAACACUCGAGGAGUGUUCCAGGUCGCUCGAUUCGCUCGUCAACCAAGUCGGUAUCGGCCAUCACCAGCAGGCAAUCCUGGUUGUCUGCGACGGCAGGGUCCGGGGCCCGGGCAUGGAAAAAAACACGGCCGACUACCUCAACGAAGACAUAUUUGUGAAUAGCGUGGAGCGAAGAAAGAUCCGCGCGGCGUACGUCGCCUGGGACGGCCAGUUGAUGGACGUCGAAAUCGCUCGGGGGUUGUAUAAGAAAGUGCCCUACUUGUGCAUUGUUAAGGAGCAAAACCAGGGCAAGAGAGACAGCUUGAUCGUCGCACGCUCGUUUGUCCAUAACUUCAAUCUGCGCCGGAGCCGGCCCAAGGUUAUCUUCAGUCCCGAGUUCCUCAAGUCGAUGACGGACUUCCUUGUCCAGGAUGCCAGGAUGAACCACGUCGAGCUCUUGAUCGACAUGGACGCCGAUACCGUGUUCGCGAACGAUUGCAUCAGUCACCUGAUCGAGGAAUCCCAUCACCCGGGCACCGUCGGCGUCAGCGGCUACGUUACGAUGGAUUUCUCAACCCACAAGUGGAAUAUCUGGUUGCUUUACCAGUCGGCCGAAUACACGAUCGCGCAAGGUCUGCGACGCCUCCACCAAAGCGUCGUCACCAAGAAGGUCUCGUGCCUACCGGGAUGCUGCCAAUUGCUCCGCGUCUGCGACGAAACGUGCGGAGACUACAUACUCGUCCAGGAGUUUGGAUAUCACCCCAAGCCGACAGACGGCAUCAUCAAACGUAUUCGCGCCACGGCGUCUGAGGACCGUAACCACGUCUGCUUGAUGCUGAUGAAGUUCCCCCAUGCCCGCACGCGGCAGGCGCUGAAGGCGUACGCUUACACCAACGUCCCCCACUCUCUCUCGGUUUUCCUCAGCCAGCGUCGUCGCUGGACCCUGGGCGCGACGGGUAACGAUCUCAUGCUGUUUUUCAAAUCCCCGCUCCGGUUCAACCUCUGGGAGCGAAUCGUGGCACUCUGCAAUGUCCUGACAUGGUGCUUGAACCUGUUCCCCCUCCGGAUCAUCGUGAUCUUCGCCUCGCUCAUGAUCAUUCCCCUGUGUUAUUACCUAACCAUGGUGGUAUGGAUGUGUCGCAGCUGGCUCGAGCGCGCCCAGUUUCUCAUAGGCUUGGCUUUCUUCGUGAUCUGCGGCCCCUUUAUCAACGUCUGCGUCACCAUCUACUCCUGCUUCUACAUGGACAACUUCGGUUGGGGGAAGACGCGUCAGGUCGUCGCCGAGACGGGCGAGGCCACCGAGCCCGAUUGGCAGGCCCAACACAGUCGUCUCGAAGAAGCAGUCCAUGACGAGGUGAAGAUCACGGGUAGCCGGACCCCAGACGUCGAGAACCAGAUAGCCCUCGAGGUAGGUACAGCCCCGAAGCCCAAAACGUAA